AUUCGAGCGCAGCGCGGAGCGGACUUCGGCGUUCGGGCCGGACUUUCAGUGUGGCAUUUGUAGAGCUGGGGUUCAGUGUUGGCUGCGGAGAGAGUUCAACAAGUGCGAACUCUUUCGCACUGGGUAUACGGGCAGAUAACAUGACAAGAUGAAUGUACAAGAACGCGAAUGUUCCGACUUAGAAAACAGUGGCGUAGGCGGAAAGCCUUUUCGCCGGUUCGUUGUGAACGUGGAUGCGGAAAACUACAUGCUACGCGGGGUUGGAAGGUCCGAUGUGGAAUUGGAUAUGUUUUUGGUACGCGAAGGCGGCAACAGCAGCCUCGGACCCUCUGGUCAGGAUUUUCAAUACGAUGAUAAUGCCGCAGGAGUCGAUCACUGUGGCCGUGUACUGUCUUUUCACUCUUUACUAUGUAACUGCGAUGUUACUUGCUGCUGUAUGUGCGGUUCCCUUUGCCCUUUAGAUUGUCACGCUUGCUUCCACAAUUUCUGCACCAAGUCCUCAAAUUUGUGCCAGAAGAACCCCGACGUACAUCUAUCCCGUACUUUUAAUUUCGAUAAGCCCAUAUCACAAUGGACAAACUUAAACGUCGUAGAAUGGAUGAAUACUUUAAACAUGUCUUCAUAUUCAGAUGCCUUCAAAUGCAAAGAAAUCAAAGGCUCAGAUCUCAUGGAAAUGGAUAAGGAAAAAUUAUUGAAUAUGGGUAUAAAAGAUGAAUUUCACCAGAGGGCAAUCCUGAGUUGCAUUGAAGAACUGGUCAAAUAUCCAGAUCAAUUCACACAAGAUCAGAGCAAGGAAGAAACCGGACCGUCCCAUUGUUUAGUACAUCAUACUUUUACUACAUUGGAAAAAUGUAAAAAAUGUGGCAAAUUUUUACGAGGAAUUUUGCAACGAGGUUUUAUGUGCACAAGUUGUGGACUGGUGGCCCAUAAGGCUUCUUCUCCUGCAGGGUUACCCAGCUGUCUGAGUCAGCAACAACAUUACAAAAUAUUCUUCGGGGCUUCUUUAUGCGGCCAAUUAUCUGAGAAUGGAGCUCCGAAAUUCAUGAUCAGAGUUUGCCAACAAUUGGAGAAAUUGGCUCAAGAAGAUCUGACCUUGAGCCUCUACAAUAUAUACUGUACUUCACCACCAGAGGAUGAUCUUUCCAAAUUGGCAAAGUCCAUUGACGAGAACCAGGGAGACGUGGAGAUCGUGGAAAGAUCUCCAGUUUUACUAACUGGAAUUCUCAAGAAGUUCCUGAGGGAAUUACCCGAUCCGUUGAUUCCAGUACAGUGGUAUGAUAAAUUCUUGGAAGCUGCAAAAAUUCGGAGUAACGAGCAUUGUGCCAAUUCCCUAACAGAACUAGUCGAAGAGCUUCCAAUUGACCACAAGUCCACCUUGAAAUACUUUAUGCAGCAUCUGUGCAGGAUGUGCCAGAUGGAAUUCAAAAGGGGAAAUAAGAGUCCACCAACAAAUCUUAUCCAUGUCCUGUGCUAUAUCAUCAUGCGGCCUUCAUGGGAACGGAUCAUUCAGAUUGUUUACAAUACGCAAGCUCAAACCCGAGUCUUGGAAUUGUUGCUCAUGAAUUGUUCUUGGGGUGAAUCUUUGCCGGAUUUCGCUUGCGCACCUGCGAUUCCACCCAGGAAAUAUUCAGCUAUGAGUAUGGGGGGAAAUAGUUUGGCUAGUACAUCGGCAGUUGUCAAAGAGGCACCCAGUCCUAGUAACACCUCUCUCCAGGAUGCUGAGUGGUACUGGGGUGGCAUUAGUCGGGAAGAAGUUACGGAAAAACUUCAAAACACCGUCGAUGGAACGUUUUUGGUGAGAGACGCUUCUAGCAAAUGUGGUGAGUACACACUCACACUAAGGAAAGGUGGUGCUAAUAAACUGAUAAAAAUAUGCCAUAGAAACGGGAAGUACGGAUUCACGGAACCAUACACGUUCGACUCAGUGGUAGAAUUAGUUAAUCAUUUUCGUCAUUGUUCGCUGUCAUUGUAUAAUGCUUCUCUAGAUGUCAAAUUGCUCUACCCUGUAUCCAAAUAUAACCAAGAUGAUGAAGCAGCUAAAUAUGAAAACGACGAGAAACUCUGGGCCAAUUUGAACGAAAUAACCAACAAACUAGAAGUAAAUAACAAAAAAUUGGCGGAGUUAUCCAAGGCGUUCGCUCAAACGAAACACGAAGUAACGACCAAUCGUUAUGCGCAAGAAGCCCUUGAAGAAUUGUUGAAAGUGCUGAAGGAGCAAGCGGAAUUGCAGAAAGCCGUUGCCGAGCAAGAUGCUCAAACUCACGAACUGAGAGGACUUGAAACAAAUGUGAGAAUACUUCAAGAUAGAUGCGCAAUGAUCGAAGAAGGCUGCGAACAACUAACUGAAAACUUGCUGCAACGCAUUGCUUACAACAAAUCCUUAGAUAGGGAGGUAACAUCUGAGAAAUUGGUUAUUCUGAGUCUGAUAAAAGAGCAGGAAAAGUAUAUUCGCUGGCUGCAAGAAAGGGGAGUGCCUCUGUCCAAGAUAAAUCAAUUACUGAAUCGAUCAGAAGAUGAGCAGCUUACAGAGAAUGUGGAUCUGGAAGAUUGUCCGCAUAAUGACGAGCGUACUUGGCUUAUGCUAGAAUUUUCAAGACAGAAAGCAGAACGUGUUUUGACCAAUACCGUUGAUGGUACUUUUUUAAUUCGAAAAUCAAGCACGGACCAAUAUGCAUUGUCAAUUUCUUGCAAUGGAAUUGUGAACCAUUGCAUCAUUCAACGUACCAAAGCUGGGUUUGGAUUUGCCGAGCCGUAUAAUAUUUAUCCGAAUUUAAAGGAAUUGGUUCUUCACUAUGCCACGAAUUCACUGGAGGUACAUAAUGAUUCUUUAAAGACCAAACUGUUAUAUCCUGUAGGGGCCCUCUAUUCCAAUCCAAUUCACCGAAUGUACAACUUUCAAAGAGUUUGUGAUAUAUAAAAAGCUGCUGUGACUUAUAUUUCCAUGAUGUUGAAUUGUGAUGAUAAUUUUACAAACUUUAACAAAUUCAUAUGGAACGGAAUUGUAUUAUAUAUUUAAACGAACAAAAGUUGAAUUUGAUGAACAUCAAACACCAGGAAAAAAUGACUGUGAUAGUGUACUAAAGAAAGAUGGAGUUUUAGUGUAGAUUGGGCAAAAAGCAGUUACCAUGGUCUUGAUGCCUUUUUCUGCCGCUUCCAUGAAGUGGGCAUUCAGAGGAAACUUUUUGCUCUUGUGGUAACCAUUUAGAGCGCCAAAAUAUGUUCUAGAGAUCUGAUUAGAUAUUUUGUUAUGCAAAAUAUGAGAACUUGAUAAAUACAUUGCUUUUAUGGAAAAAAGCAUUCUAGAUAAAAAUUCAGAACGACGACACCAUCUCAAGAAAAAAGAAUUGAAACGAAACGUCCUCAUACUCUUUAUUUUUUCAUGUCUCAUCCUAAUUUUUCUAUAAACAACGAACUCUUCUCCUUCUCCAAUCAAACAAAAUUCAAGGAGAGGAGGACCACAUUCACGAAAAUAAAAACAAACGGAAAAAAUCUCCUUAUUUCUUUUCAUGAAUCAUCACUUCCUUAUCACUUAUAGGAAAGGGAAAUCAGCUGGAAUUUUCUGUUGAAAUUUUUUUUUUUACAGUUGAGGCUAGUAUUUCUGUUUGAGUUUCUCCAAAUAUGGGGUAAUGGGAUGGGUAAAAACUGAUAUUACCCGUUUUUUACUAUGAUGAGUUAUUAAAUCACGUGUAUUUCACUAUAACAAUAAGAUGGUAUGGUUAUUGCGAAACACGUGGUUAGAAAACUCAUUCUAGUAAAAAUCAGGCAAUUUUUAGUUCAAUUAUG